AUGAGGCACACCAGCUUGGGCUCCCUCCGCGCGCUCGGAACCCCAGCACCCCUCCCUGGCCCGCAGAGUUUCAGACGCUCGCCCCAACGAACCCCCGCAACACCCGAAGGCGCACCCUGGCCCGCGCUCCCUUCUCUGGGCUUCCGGUUCCCUAGCUCCAAGUGGAGCCGCCUGUCCACGUUCACGGCCGCCACGAAGACGCCACACACGCAACGGGGAGAGGCGGGGGACGCGCCCCCUGGGGGCCGAGCCGGGAGCCUGCGCGCCCGGCCCACAGGGGCUCUGCCCGGAGGUCCUGAGGGCCUGACACAGAGUCCCCGGUGGAGCCCAGAGGUCAGCGGAGACAGCCCCCACCUCGUGGGGCCCGUGGAGCAAAAGCCACAGUCACUUCCUGAAGGCAGCGGCCCCGGCUCGGGUCCCACUCGCCCCACGGCCCACCACCCGCCUGCAGCCAUGCUCCCCAAGAAGCCCCCGCAGCCUGAGUUUGGUGACCUCACCAGGACGUCCUCGGAGCCUGAGGUCAGUGUGGUUCCCAAGAGGCCGCAGCAGUCCGAUUUCAAAGCGCUCUCCAAGAAGCCCCCGCAGCCCGAGCUGGGCGGCCUCCCCAGGACCUCCUCGGAGCCCGAGGUCAGCCUGCUCCCCAGGAAUCUUCUGCAGCUCGAGGUCCGGGGGGCCCCCCGCAAGUUCUCACAGCCUGAGCCCAGAACUUUGCUCAAGAAGCACAUGCAGGCUGAGUUCUUCGGGGGUCUCCCGAGGAAGCCCCCGCUCCCUGGCUCCGUCUCCGAAAGCUCACUGCCCACUGCCGUGGCGGGCUGCAGCCCCAGGUUCCCGCUCAGCCCAGGGUUUGGAGCCAGGCAGCAGAGGUCGGGGGCUCUCACUCCCAGCAGAGGGUCCAGGCUGGGGCUCAAACCCCGGCGGAGGCCUCUGCCCUCCGUCAGCAUCCUGGGACCCCCUCCAGCCAAGCCCCCGCUGCCCCCGGGCCCCAGGGACAUCCAGAGCUUUCGGAGACCCUCGGCGGCGGCCACAGCUCUGCGGAGGACCCACUCUUCCACUGGGAUCCACUUCCAGGCCCGCCCGUCUGCCGACGCGCUGAAGGCCCCGGACGAGACCUACGAGCUGUACGACGACGUGGAGGCCACAGACGACUCCAGCCCCAGCCCCCGAGUCAGAGGUUUGUUGGUGGCGGGGCCGGGCCCACCACCUGCCAGGGUGCCUGAGGAGCAUUCCGUGCAAGGGCAUUUCCUGCCAUGCCGCAGGUCUGCGGGAGGACAGUGGAAGGGGCCCAUGAGGAGCACACCUUGCUCACGGGCACCCAUUCCUUUGGGAGCCAGGAAGGAGAAGGCCCCCCAGCCACAGCAGUUGCCAGCCACGGACCCAAAGGUCCUGAAGCAAAUCCGGAAGGCGGAGAAGGCUGAGCGGGAGUUCCGGAAGAAGUUCAAGUUCGAGGGGGAGAUCGUGAUUCAGACAAGGAUGAUGAUCGACCCCAACGCCAAGACCCGUCGUGGGGGCGGCAAGCACCUGGGCAUCCGGCGUGGGGAGAUCCUGGAGGUGAUCGAGUUCACCAACAACGACGAGAUGCUGUGCAGGGACACCAAGGGCAAGUAUGGCUACGUGCCCAGAACAGCUCUCCUGCCCCUGGAAACGGAGGUGUAUGACGACGUGGCCUUCUGGGACCCUCUGGAGAGCCAACCACUCCCCCGGGAACGAUAAGGCCCGCAGGUGUGGGACCCAGGACAACCCACCAGCCCAGCCACCUGCUAAACCCAGGAGCCCUGGAUCCCAGCCUGGCGGUCACAGAACUGCCCAGGCUCCCGUCUGACCACGUACAUGGACCACAUAAAGCCCCUCUUU